AUGGAGACCUACAAGGAUGUCAUUGUAAGCCAUCCGCCGGCGAUGUACUCGCAGUCAGGGUACACGACACACUUUGCUUUAGAAAACUACAAGGGCAUCUUGCUCUGCCAGCGACCGUCGAACCUUGGCUCGGCAGCUGGGUUCGGCGGCGCCGGCGGUGUCGAUGGCUACAAUCAAGGAAACUCAUCCUCUCCCCCGUUCGUUCCUUCGAAUCUCACUGGCAACCCACUUGGCUACGGGCCGUCCAAGGAGAGUCGCGACGCCCGUGCCGAGCGGGAGGCAUUACGCGUGGCGAACCAGCGGCAGCGCCAAACAAAGUCGUCGCAGGCGCUCUCGCGCCACCGCCGCUGGCUGCGCAGCUUUGCACGGCAGGUGAAAUCGAUGAAGGAGUCUGACCGGCAGCUCGAGGUGGAGGCGGCGCAGCGAGCCGCCAGGGUGCGAGAGGCGGAGAAGCGCAGGCGUGCUGAGCAGCAGCAGCAGCAGGAGCUGACCGCCAUCGCUGUUAGCACAGAUAAUGCCAGCGCGCCGCCAUACAACAUGCACAAGUCGAUGGAAGCACACGUGGCGGCCACGCUCAAUGGCACGGCUGCCGCAGCGGUGCCCUCCUCCCGCAAGCCGAAGUGGGCCUUGACGGAGGAGGAGGCGAUGGACGCCGAGCUCGACUUCGACCGCGACCUCCUCGACUUCGCUGAGAACCUCGACUACGAGAAGUUCAUCUCUGACUUUGAAGUCGCGGAGGCGCUGGGCGUUAUGCGGGAUCGCGUGGAGGAGAUUGCGAGGGCAAACAACUGGUCCGUCGACGACAUCCGCCGCGCGACCACCGACGAUGAUGACGAUCUCAACUCGGUCGUGUCGCCGUCCGAGGCGCGUCUCAUUCUCUGCAGCAAACAGCGGCAGCAGCAAGGUGGUGGUGCUGCCGCUGCGGAGGCUCGAGCCGCGCUCCCGGAGGCGCUGGCGGUGCACGCGCACGACUGGGACAGCAGCAGCAGUGGCCGUGGCCGGCUGCUAAAGAAGGCGAUAAGCCGUGACGCUCUUGCCCUGGCGGAUCGGCUGUUUGCCGCCUCGCCAUCGCUGCAGAAGGUUCACACGCGGCACAGCCUUGCGCGUGCGUUGCAGCGGUGCGCCUUGGAAGGCCACGUCGACGUGACGGAGGCCACGUUGCUGCGGCACGCGUCCAAACCUAGCGCGGCGAAGGGCGGCAGCGGUGUUGACAAUGAUGCGGCGUCGCCUUCCCCUGCAGCGGUGGACCCUCCGGCGAUUCCGGAGCCCUUAGUCGUUAAGAUAGGCGCGGAUGCGAUGCCUGCGCCUUACAGUAGUGCCGACGGAGUCACCGGAAGUUCUGCGGCCGGCAUACAGCCGUCACGUAUUCUGCGUGAGCUUCAGCAGUCUAAGGAGCGUACACAAGGACUGCCGUACCUCUACCGCUGUCCCGCCAUCUAG